CACAACGUCACUCACUCGUGUAUCUAUAGUUUCCUUCUGUUUUGAAACCCAAGCCUAGUGAAUUAGAUCUUGAAAAUAAUUGUUAAGGUGGUUUUAAAGUGCUCUAAUUGUUGAUUAAAAUAUAGCUACGAUGGAAAAGAGAGUCGCCUUGGAAUUACGAGGAAGAAACCCUUCACAGGUCAAGGAAUUAAACCUCGAUAACUGCAGGAGCACCAAUGUUGUUGGUCUCACAGAUGAAUACACAAACCUCGAAAUUUUAAGCCUUAACAAUGUUGGGCUUACAACACUCAAAGGAUUCCCCACACUUCCCAAACUGAGGAAGUUAGAACUCUCUGAUAACAGAAUAUCAAGUGGACUAAAUUUCCUCAGCGGCUGCAAAAAACUUACACAUCUGAACUUCUCGGGUAACAAAAUCAAGGAUUUGGAAACACUGAAACCUUUGGAGGAAUUUAAAAAUCUUAAGAACCUAGACCUCUUUAACAAUGAUGUUAAUAAUAUUGAGGACUACAGGAACAAGGUUUUCGCCUUACAUCCAGCUCUAAAAUAUUUAGAUGGGCUGGACAAGGAAGAUCGGGAGGCUGAAGACAGCGAUGCAGAGGAAGAGGAUGAAAUGAAUGGGAAUAAUGACAGUGAGGAGGAUGGGUCUGAAGUGGAAGAGGAAGAGGAUGAUGACGAAGACGACGGUGAGAUCUCACUAAGCGCAGUCUACAAUGAAAACCUUGAGGAGGAGAGCUCUGACAGCUCCGUGUACGAGGGCUCCGAGGACGAGGAGGAAGACGACGACGAUGACGAGGAGAUUGACGCGGAUCACAAGUCAAAGAUAGACGGGGAGGAUGCAGACGGCGAGCCUGAGGAGAGCACUCGGGGUAAAAAGCGGAAACACGACGACGACGAAGAGAAUUGAGGGUUGCCUUAAGCGGAGUUAUCUUACUAGUUCGUAAGUGUACAGCCUCCGAUGCAUCGGACAAUAAACUUGAUCACAACCA